AUGGAUUCUACUACUACGUCUGCUGGGAUUCCUACGGAUAGGUAUCCAAUCAUCCAUUCGCGCUCUCUUGACGUGCCUGCAAUUACCGCGAGAUUGGCACCCAUCCGACUCAAUAUCAACGAGUUACCUAUAGAAAUCUUCACCUAUAUCCUAUACUCUCUCCGAGACAUCGAUCCACCGUUGGCAGGCGAACGCAGGCUAGGUUGGGUGAACGUUACGUUCGUCUGCUCCGCUUGGAGAAAGCUAGCGCUAUCAUACCGCUUGCUGUGGACGCACCUUCCCUUCGGUAUGGGCGGUUCUUGGUAUCGCGUAUUUCUGGAACGCAGUCAUCCCCAGCCGGUCGAUGCCGAUCUUGAAUCAGGGUAUGACCUCAAUUACCUGGACAUCGUAUCUCGAAGCUUCACUCGAGUUCGCAGCCUGUCUGUGUCGGUCUCGUAUGGUCUCGUCUACUUCGGAGUGACGGAUCCGGUCCACGCACUCAUCAUGCGACCUUCCGAAACCCUAGAAACUCUCGUCCUCCACAGAUAUUGGAAAAAGUGUCACUUCCCACGAGCCCUAUCCCACCUAUACCCAUCCCUUCGUACCCUCCACCUCAUCUUCGAGCUGAUGCAAGCGGAGGAGUUCCCCUGGGUUAACGUGGGGAAUACUCCCGGUCUUGUAGACCUCAAGAUCCACUUGAAACAACACGAACACGACGACCAAUGUCUUGCGGACAUCAUGUCAAUCUUGACAAGAGGAACUGCGCUCAAAUCGUUCGAUCUGCGGUUAUCUCCCGGCAUUCAUCAACGCGCACCGUCGCGCACCGUCCACGCCUCUCUGAGUCAGGCGGGCCUGCCGCGACUCAACAACUUAGCGUUGUGCCUGGAGGGAGACGUGCUCGUGCAUAUCCUGAACAGCAUCACCCUCCCGGAUUCGACGGAAAUUGUAUUGGAUCCAACCGGCGACAUGGAAGAAACGUCUUUGACCCGCAUCUUCCUCCCCUGGAUCGCAUCACGAUGGAAGGCGGCGCCUCCCAGCAGUCUGGCGUUUUCUACCAAUGGUCGUCCCAAUAGAUCGACUCAGAUCAUUGUAGAACGCGAUUCACUGUUACCCAAAUGCGCAGUGUCUAUGCGAAUAGCUGUCGAGGGGACCACCUGGGACCACUUCUCGGACAUCCUAUGCAGACUUCAUCCUGACUCAAUACGGAGCCUCGUAAUCAAGCCCCCAGCCGGGCUCUCACCGGAAGAAUCCCAACAACUGUCGCAAAUAUCCACGAUCUGCAGCAACAUCACCCACAUCGAGAUCACGUCUUCCGAUGCUAGUGCAGGAGUCCUAGAGAGCACUCUGAAACGGAUAUUGCUCCCAGCUACCAAUACGACGGCACCCCAUCCAUUCCCUAGCCUCACGGCGCUAGACCUCACCUGCUUAGACAAGGGUUCCCUGUCGAGGCGAUGCACCCACGAUGAUGACCCCAAACCAUACCGCGUCAUGCCCCCGACGCUCGCACAGUCCAUUGUAGGCAUUAUGAAAGAGAGGCGAGGUAUCGAUGGCGAUACGGCGCGCAUAUUCCUGAGGGAAUGGACGGGUGAGAUGACCCAGUUCAUAGAGAGCGUGCGGGACGUCGCGCGCACCAUACCCGGCGCGAUCUUUCUACCAGAGGGAACCAGUGUACCACAGGAGUAG